AUAAUUUUUUAAUAACCUAAUGUAUGGUUUAUUUCAUAUUUUAAAUUUGCAGGACUUUGAAAACUUAAGAGACAAUGUAGAUUACUCUGGUAGAUUUGUUGCGGAUAGAGAAUUUGAUUCCCUAGAUUAAUUACGUAGUUGGGCCGAUGAGAUAGCAAUAAUAAUUGGUUUUCAAUUUAUACGUGCUUCUUAUAAACAAAAAGUAGGACGUUCUAGAGUUAGUUUGUAUUUAAGAUGUCAGCGCUAUGGUAAUAUUAGGGGGUGAUUUGCAUAACCUAGAUAAUGUUGCCCGACCUGGUUCUAAAAGUAGAACAUGUCGGUGUAAAUUUAUGAUUGUAGCAAGUAGUCGUAAAUCAGGAGAAACACCUUGGACGGUGAGGGUGUGUCCUGGGGAAAACGGUAGACAUAACCACCGAUGACAAAGAGUACUUUCAAUCGUUGGUCGAUGAAGUCUUAAAAGCUGAUCCGGCUGUUGUACGACGCUUGUCUCAGAUACUUGAACAUGAAUUACACCCUGAUGGAGCCGAUAUAUACCUGAGUCUUAAGCAAGUCCACCUAGAAAGGGAAGACCAACCACAAACAAAACCCUUCAAAGAAAUAAAAGCGCUUUUGAAUAUAGUAGAUCAUCUUCUCGUGAUCGAGGGUCUAGAUCUUCAUCCCGCGGGAGAUCCAAUGAUAGAUCUAGUGGUCGGGAAAGACAAUCCUCAGUUGGAAUUAAGUUUAGUUUCAACUUAUUCGAUGACGCAGUAGGUCGUGAUUUUUCACUGUUUUCAUGGCCCAAUCACAUCUCGCACAUUCUCCCUCCUUACUUGUUUGAUUGAAAUGAUGUUAUAGGUGAUGGUAACUGUGGUUUUAGAGCUAUUGCCGUCACAGAGUUGAGAGGCGAGGAGGCAUGGCCUCUUUUAAGACGUGCAAUGUGCGUGGAAUUGCAAAUGAACAGAGACCAAUACGUAAGUGUGUAUCUAUCAGAGGAGGUGUUAGACAAUGCUAUAUUCAGAAUUGGUUCACACAGCAAUGGACAUGCUCCUUAUAUUCACUGGAUGGAAGCACCGAUGGCAUUGUACUCUGCAGCAACAUUUCUUAACAUUAGCAUUGAUUAUUAUGGUUCUGCUGACGGUAAUCCGAUGUACAAAUGUUUGGUUCUUCCGUUAAGGAAAGCAGUGGGUAUGCAUAGUGUAAAUAAAGUUAUACAUAUAUGUUGGAUGAAUAGCAAUCGUUUUAUUCAACUAUUAAUGAAUGACGAUUCAUCUCCUUGCCGCCAGUCCAGCAAUCAUGGAGGGAAACAGUUGACAAUUCUUCCAGACAUAUCGAAACACAUUUUAGUAGCAGGAUUUUGCUUUGGAAUAGACUAUACGGACCACGACCACCACAACGUAAUAACACCACUGAAGAUGCUGUAAAUUUAGAUAGUCCAUAGUGUAACACAUUGUGUACAUCAUUAUUUAGUUUAACUACACAUAUAGAUGGGAUUCAAUUUGUUGAUAGUCCAUAGUGAUAUUAUUGUGUACAUCAUUAUUUAGUUUAACUACACAUGUAGAUGAGAUUUAAUACGUGGAUGAGAUUUAAUACGUGGAUGGAAUUC